AUGAACGAUCCGCCGCACGUCCUUCUCUUUGGAGCCGGUAGCAUUGGUUCCGUCUGUCUGUACCAGUUUCAGAGGGCCGGCUGUAGAGUCACAGCCGUGUGCCGGUCAAACUACGACGCGGUCAAGCGAGACGGUUUCUCCCUGAAGAGCUUGCGGUACGGUGAUGUACAGUUCCGGCCAGACUUCGUGGUCAGAAGUGGCGAGGAAGGCGCUACAGAUACCAGCUAUGAUUUUGUCUUUGUCACUACGAAAUGCUUUCCGGGGUCGAAGCCGUCGUUGAGUGAGCUGAUCCGGCCUUACGUCCAAGGUCGGUCUCAUACGGCCAUCGUGCUGGCCCAGAACGGAAUAGCGAUCGAGGAUGAAGUCGUAGAAGCGUUUCCGGAGAACCCUCUCUUGAGUUGCGUCGUCUAUCUUCCCGCAUAUCAGAAGGAGCACGGGGUCAUUGAAUACCCGGAGAUGCUGAACCUCCUGGAGAUUGGCACUUUCCCGGCCAACAGCCCAGAGUCACAUAAAGCAGCUGCCAUCAGGCUCGCGGAUCUUGUGGUUGCCGGCGGUGGGCAGGCUGAAGUUCAUGACAAUAUCCAAAUUGCUCGUUGGUCGAAGAUCUUGAUGAACUGUUCCUGGAACCCGAUCUGUGCGCUCGCUCUGUGUUCGGAUGGAGACUUCCUGAACUCGACUGCUCCUUAUGCGUGGGAACUGGGUUGGGGCGUCAUGAAGGAGAUUGUCGAGCUGGCCAAGACGAUAGGCAUCCCCACUGUCAACGAACAGGUGGCCGAGCAGAAAGCAAUGAUCGCCAAGACCAGAGCGGCGACCAACACGGGCAGAGAGAAUAGCAUGGUGCAAGACGUCAAACAAGGGAAACUGUUUGAAGUCGAGGCAAUAGUUGGAAACACUGUUCGGCUCGGGCGACUACACAAUGUCAAGAUGCCUCUGACCGAGAUGCUCUACGCCUUGGCCAAGGCAAGGUUUGAUGCUCUGGUCCGUGAGAAGUAUAUCAAGGUCGUCGAAUGA